GUCACGUGCCUGCCUCUGCUCGGCGUCAGCAGGACAGAGUGGUGAGUUUCCAGACUCGUUUUAUGUAACGUAACUUUCUCUUUUUCCACUUUUAAUCAAACAGUUUGACACUGAAGACUGUUGAACACUUUCUGACCGUCUACAAGCUGAGCUUUAAGUGAAAGGUGCACUAUGGGCCGACUGGACGGAAAAGUGAUUGUGUUAUCUGCUGCUGCGCAGGGGAUUGGACGUGCUGCAGCAAUAGCGUUUGCAAAAGAAGGAGCUCGGGUCACAGCAACAGACAUAAAUGGAGAGAAGCUGAAGGAGUUGGAUGGCAUUGAAGGAAUCAGGACCAAAGUGGUGGAUGUGACUAAAAAGGACCAAGUGGAAGCUCUGGCCAAAGAACAUGAGCAUGUUGAUGUGCUGUUCAACGUUGCAGGGUUUGUGCACCAUGGUACCAUCCUGGACUGUGAGGAGGCUGACUGGGACUUCACCAUGGAUGUGAAUGUGAAGAGCAUGUAUCUCAUGUGCAAGGCUUUUCUGCCUAAGAUGUUGGCAAAGAAGUCAGGAAACAUUAUUAACAUGGCAUCUGUUGCUUCAAGCAUAAAGGGUGUUGUGAACCGGUGUGUUUAUAGUACCUCGAAGGCGGCUGUGAUUGGGCUCACCAAAUCUAUAGCUGCUGAUUUCAUUGAGAAAGGAAUACGCUGCAAUUGCGUUUGCCCUGGAACAGUUGAUACUCCAUCACUGAGGGGUAGAAUCCAGGCACAGCCUGACCCAGAACAGGCUUUCAAGGAUUUUAUGGCAAGACAAAAAACUGGCAGAAUGUGCACAGCUGAAGAGGUUGCACACCUGUGUGUGUACCUGGCCUCAGAUGAAUCAGCCUAUGUGACUGGAACAGAGCACAUCAUUGAUGGAGGAUGGAGCCUGUGAAGAAACUCCCAUUCUUAUUAAAACAAACAACGACAAAAAAAUCAUAAAAAUCUGUAAUUUAUCAUUCUGUAAGGUCAUUCAAAUUUCAUUCAUAAUUGUUCAAUAUUUAGUAGUAAAGUUUCAUAUUUUUUUCUAAUUAAAUGUGCUGUAUUUGGUCCUCCACACAAAAAUAACUUUUAAUAGAUCUGGAGUUGUACAUUUAGUAGAAAAUAAAAUAUGAAGAAUUUUUUUAAUGAACAAAUGUAAUAAUAAAUUUACAUAAAGCA